AUGUCGGGCCGCCUGCGGAAAAGCGGCGGAAGCAGCACGCUGCCACCAACCUCGCUGAGAACAUCGCGAAUCGCGUCGUUUCGCGCCUCACACAACACCCUACCAAGCUACGAUUUCCUCACCGGUGCUGAACAUGGAUCAUCUACCCACCAGGCCCGGCCGCCUUCGCGACAAAGCCACGAGCCCCACGAGUCGGUGAGGGCCUCGUCGCGCGAGAGUUCUAAAGAAAAUCUCGCGCCGCCCGAUGCCGAAGAAUACGAGACCCAGCGCAAACGCAUGGAGGAGUUGAAGGCCGAGAUCGCCACCAUGCGAUACCGGAUCGAGACUGCGGAACAGGAGAAGGAGAUGCUGGUGCUCCAGCACGAAAACGAGCUCCGCGAGGUCCAGCGCAAAGCUGAAGAUGACUUCAAACAGAAACAGGUCGCCGAGGGCGAGAAAAGCCGAGCGCAACGCCAAUACGAGUCGAUGCAGGAGGAGCUCCAGACCAUGAAAGAAUCAUCAGCCCAAGAUACUGCCGAACUUGACAGAAGAUUGCGCGAAGCUCAACUCGAAGCACGCGUAUUAAAAGAACAAUUGGAGGAUCUAUCUGUUGCCAAAGAGGAAGGGGAGCGGAUGAAUCAGAGACAAACUAAUGAAAUGGAAACCAAGUUGUCGGAUUUACGGCAAACUAUCCAAGAGCUCGAGCAUGAUGCCCAAACGCGCGACUCAUUACUAACCACUGCACAAGAGAACUCGGCCGAAAAAGACAGACUAGUGGGCAACCUAGAGGCGGAAAUAAUACGAUUAAAGGCUCAAACAGGCGACGCCGAAACUAUUGCGAUAAUCCGGCGUGAACUAAGCGACCAGGUUCAGCACAUACGCACCUUAGAAGCCAAGACGUCCAAGCAGCACGCCGAGCUUGGGCGUCUUCGUCAGGCCCAUAAGGCUGUUGAAAUUGUCGAAGAAGAAAAGCGAUCCUUACAACGAAAAGUAGAUGCUUCACAGGUGUUGGAGGCUGAGCUCAAUGAAGUCCGCAUCCAGAAGCAACGACUAGAGAACGAACAAUUAGCAUGGACAGCGUUCCUACAAAGCGCCAGCACAGAGGAUGGAUCUAUGGAAUUCGAUUCCCCUGAAGCUGUCGCCCGUGCCUUGGUCGAAGAACGCUACAACUCGGCUGCCCUUGUAGAGAAGCUGGGCGAAAUACAACCUCAAAUCGCCGAGAGAGAUGAGAUAAUCAAGUCGUUAGAAUCAGAAAAGAAGAACUUGAUAUCACAACUUGAGAAAUCAAAAACAAAUGCUGGUCCUACCACUGCAAGUAAAUCCCACGCUCGAUUAGAAAGGCAACGGGCAUUAGCUACGAAGGAAAUCGAGUACCUACGGGCUCAGCUCAAAACGUUUGACGCCGAAGACGAGACAUUUGAUACUGGUAACUUCGACCAGCAAAAGGUCGACCGCAUCUCUGAGCUCGAGAAACUUGUUGAUACAUACAAGGAAGAAGUCCUGAGCCUACAUAAAGAGUUAUCCGCAGCCGAGUCAUUGAAUGGCGCGGCAGAACCUGCUACUGGGUCGAAGCGCAGUCGCAUAGACGAGUCCGAGAACGAGCAAUUAGGCGAACUCAACCGUAAACGCCGCAAACUCGCAGACGACCUCUCCAAACUCCAAACAGCGCACCAGCUCCUACAAAAAGAACACGAAGUUCUCAACUCGCGUCUCAAAGCCGCAGAAUCAGCCAACAAGACACGCGUCCUCUCCCUCCGAUCCAACCCAACCUCAGACUUCGAAGCCAUCAAAACCGCCACGCUCGCAGCCCUCAAACUCGAGAACCAAGAACUCCUAGCUCAACUCUCCAAAGAAGCCCGUCGCAACCCCAAAACAGCAUUAAUCCCAGCAUCCCAACUCGCCGCAGCUAAGCGCGAGAUCGAAGAAGCACAGCGCGAAACCGCCUCGGCGCAGAAAACCACGCGCCGUCUCAAGGAAGUCUGGGCCGCCAAAUCGCAGGAAUUCAAAGAGGCCAUCUUCAGCACGCUAGGCUGGACAGUGACCUUCAUCCCGAACGGGAAGAUGCGCGUCGAAUCCCUGUAUUACCCCUCGGCCACCGACGAGCACGAGAAUAGCAUCGUCUUCGACGGCGAGCGCGGAACCAUGAAAGUCAGCGGCGGGCCCCAGAGUCCCUUUGCGCGACGCAUCGAUGAUCAGAUCCGCUUCUGGGUCCGCGAGAAAGGGUGUAUUCCGGGCUUUUUGGCCGCGCUUACGCUGGAGUUUUACGAGGAGCAUUCGAGGGCGCGGACUGAUGGAUGA